AAAACUGGUUUGCCUUUCUUGCACGAUACCUCAAGGUCCUAUUUAAACUGGCAACCAGUCCCCUUCAGUGAAAUUUGAAAAUAAAUGUAUGCUGCAGUCGGUCAGUUUUGACGAACCAUGUAAAGUCCGCCUCGUGAGCAGUUUUUUUUUUUCUCCCAUGAAUUAUCGUGAUUGACACAUCAUAACCAGUUGAAGCAUGCCGCCUGACCACACUCACAGCUUACGAACGGCUGAGGAUGUGCUGUGAGCCCCAUUUCCCGAACUACUACAGUCAUGUCCUUCCUUCAGAGCGGACAGCUUCCGGGUGACGAGUGUCGUAAAUCCCAAGCUCGGACCCGAGGCACGUUUCGAACUCUUGUCGUCCAACGUCGUAGUCUCCUCGACACAAGCUUUCCCCACAUUAUCGAGAACCGCACCAGCUUUAUAUAUAUGUGUGUGUACACACAAGCGAGAAGGAAGUGAACAAAAGCAUAUAUUGUCCUAUGAUUAAGAAAGCCAAGCUCAAAUUCAGCAAAGGAGAGGGGAUCGCUAAUACAGUGUGGUUUAGCGUUUUACUAUGAUUUUUUUUUUUUCGAACAGUGAAAUGUCGGAAAAUUUGUUUCUGGCGAUGAAUAGACGAGGAGGAGGGUUCGUUGUGAUGAUUAGUGAGUGGUGAGAGAAGGAGAAGGGAGGAGGGCUUUGGUACCUGAUGUUCGCCGCCGACCUUGUCCACCUCAUCGCCGCCGCGUCUGCUGAUGACGAGGCUAUCAGCAUCACACACAUUCACACGCCAAGCCCUGCUGCAACAAACAAUUGUUGUCACCACCCGCUUCUCCAGCAGCGUGGCUUCUACUUUUGCCGUUGCCAAGGUUUCGGUGGGCUAGGAUAUGUUGGUGGCUCUGUUUCUCGGACUGAUUGUUUCCCCUUGUUUGGAAUCGACACCGAUGACAAGAAGAAAUAUGCUGUAGAGAAGAGAAAUAUGUCAAGCCCAGAUCUCACUUGCACCACUCGUCGCGGCUGGACACGAGAGUGCUACGGGUGCUGGCGGGCAAACCUCUGGCCACUCCCCGGAGACCGUCGGAGGAGCGAGGUGUGGAAGGGGCGUUCGAGUCCGACAUGCGCCUCACCCGCCUGCAGCUCCUGGAGAUUGUCCACCAGCAGCUGCAGAUGAAACAGGAGGCGAGGGGCGUGGCCAGUAGUCGCACGAGGCGGAAGGCAGUGGCCAGCAACACGUAUCUGUGGCCCAGCAAGAUCGUGCCCUACGUCUUUGACAACGACUUCCCUGAGCACUUCCGGUCCACGGCGAUGGAGGCCAUGCGCUUCUGGCAGCGGAACACUUGUCUGCAGUUUGUUCCCUUCUCUGACGGCCUGGUUCAGCACCUGGGGCAUGACGACCACGUGGUUUUCAAAGUGGGCAAGGGCUGCCAGUCGUCCAUCGGCCGAGUGAGGAUGGGGAAACAGACAACAGAGAUCGGCGAUAACUGUAACGAGUUUGGCAGCGUGGCGCACGAGCUGGGUCACGUGCUGGGCUUCUAUCACGAACACUCGCGGCCGGACCGCGACAACUACGUCACCGUGCUGCGCUUCAACAUCCGCAGCGAUCGGCAGUACAACUUCCUCAAGUACUCCAACACCGAGAUCCUCACCAGCGAACCCUACGACAUCGGCUCCGUCAUGCACUACGGACCUACUUACUUCAGCAAGGACGGUGAGUCACGCACCAUCGACACGGAGGACGAGUCCCUUCGAGCGGUGAUGGGACAGCGUCACGUGCCCAGCUUCAUCGACGUCAAGACAGCCAACGACCUCUACAGCUGUGCGCAGGACUGCCGGGUGUGGCCUGAAUGUGACAACACAGGGUACGUGGGGCCGGACUGCACGUGUGUGUGCCCCACCGGACUGGGGGGCUGGAACUGCCGCGAAGUCAAGCCGUCGACUGCAGACUGCGGGGGCGUCCUGAACGACUCCUAUGGCGUUAUAGAAAGUCCAGGCUAUGGCACUGGCUACACCAACGGCGUCGACUGCCUCUGGCUCAUACAGGGCCCAGGGGAUGCUUCUGUGGUGCUGACGUUUCAUUACUUCGAGUUAGAGGACGAUCGCGUGCAACCGUGCGCCUUUGACUGGUUGGAGGUCAGGACACUGGGACCUCACCUCAACGGUCAGAGAUUUUGUGGAAAGGGACCAUCAGAAGACAUCCGUUACCCAGGCAACGCGUUGGUUCUACACUUCCACUCGGAUGAAUCAUACCAGUUUGAUGGCUUCCAGCUGUCUUACACUGUUGUUGAGAGACCUUAGGAUGGGUGCAAGUCGCUCCCUCCUCAACCCAAGUCUAGUGCUUUAUGUCUAAGGUGUGUUGAGGAGGUUCUGGUGACAAAGACACGAGUGUUUCUGCUGAUAAGUGUGGUAAGACGAUUGACCAUGAACAUGGCCAGUCAGGGUAUCUCCAAAACGUUCAUCUGUUUUAAAUAACAAAGUUUUAAACUUGCCAUAAUACUGACUUUUGAAAAAUUUAGGACAGAAUACACACACAUAUAUAUAUAGUAUACACACAUAUAUAUCAUCAUUAAAACAUGUAUAUACAUAUAAAGGUUUUCAUGAAAUGAAAUUUUAAAACUAUUGUAAAUCCUUAUAAUGGAUUGAACACUUAAAUACUGUGUAAAGAUGUUUGUACUAAAUAAACUGUUGGAAAAAUGACCUUUACGAUGGAAUGGUUUAAUGUAUAAUUUACUCUUUUAACCAUGGAAUCGAGUAAUCAUUAAAAUUAUGCACUUUCA